AUGACGACUGUCAUUUCAGUUGUAUCUGAGAAAUAUGUGACUUCCUCUGUCGUCCAGUCCAUCGCAGCUAGAGGGAUCUCAGACGGCGACAGGGUCCAAUCUUCCUUGGAUGCGACAGCGGGGGUUAGUGUAGAAAAGGGAGAAAAGAGACGCUUCUUUACCCGACCAUGGGGAGGACGUCAAAUUGGGAUGCUCUGUGUGCUGGGGUUCUUUGGACUAGCCCUGACAGCACUUGUCAUUGCUCUCCCCGUUUAUUUCACCAAGAUCUACGGCUUUGCAAAAGACACUGAUGACUAUUGGAAAAUACCUCAACCAAAUGAAGACCACAGUUACCACCUCGAGGAGAACCGACCUAUGUUCGCCCUCCACAAUUUCCCGGACCCGGGGCUCAUUCAACACAAUGGCACAUGGUAUGCCUACGGAACCAAUCCCAGGAAAAAGAGCCCAGACGGUAUCCAUGUACCUGUUGCUACAUCGACCGAUUUUGUCAACUGGACUCUACAUGAGGGUUACGACGCGAUGCCGACUCUUGGUGCUUGGGAGAAGAAAGUCAACCAUUGGGCCCCAGAUGCAAUACAACGGGAUGAUGGUAAAUUCGUCAUGUAUUACUCGGGAGAGGCCAAGAAUUACGGCAGCCACCAUUGCGUGGGAGUUGCCGUAUCAAACAGCACAAGUCCACUAGGCCCUUACAUCCCGAAAGACAAGCCACUAGCCUGUCCCCACAAGCAUGGCGGUGCCAUCGAUCCAUCACCAUUCAGAGACACCGACGGCACGCUGUACGUAGUCUACAAGGGCGACGGAAACAGCAUUGGACACGGCGGCAACUGCGGCAAUAGCAAGAAGCCAGUUGUAUCUGUUCCGAUUCUUCUGCAGGAGUUGGAGAGUGAUGGCGUCACACCUAUCGGAGAGGCAGUACAAAUCCUCGAUAUUGACGAUACUGAUGGCCCCCUUGUCGAAGCUCCUGAUAUCAUGCUCACCGAGGACGGUACAUACUAUUUGUUCUUCUCGUCACAUUGCUAUACCUCACUGGGCUAUAAUGUGAAAUACGCACACUCGAAAUCCCUCAAGGGUCCGUACCUCAGGGCUGAUCGGCCUUUGCUGCAGACUGGGGAUUGGGGUCUCGAGGCGCCUGGUGGUGCGACGGUUUCGACCAAUGGGAGAAAUAUUGUUUUCCAUGCCAAUUGCGGUCAGUUCCGGUGUAUGUGGUCUGCUGCUCUCGAUAUUCGGUCUAAUAACAAUACGAUUGUUAUGUCGACGCUUGUGGUUGACCAACAGUCGGAUUCUACAAUAUCCACGGAACGCUUGUGA